CGGGUGAGAUCAGGGACCCGUAACGGCGCUGCUGCGCUGAGAGCCAAACACAGGAGUUUAUAGCGGAGCGAUCGGUCCAGCCUGGAUGUCAGAGUGGCUUUUAUUUUAUAAAACACUAAAUCACGCCCCGCCCUCAGGACUCCGAGACUCGGGGGACAAGUCUGGGAAUGUAGGUGGAAGCGGAGCUAGCCCGCUUUAGCAGAGCCGACACGCCACACCGCCACCCCCCCGGAGCGCUGUCCGGAGCCUAACCGAGCUUUCCUACCCGAGACCCGGGCAGAGAGCCUGCAGCAGCUCGCCGACCAACUCUGGGUCAAAUCUGUUUUACAGCUCAUCCAGCAGAUCCAGCGUUGUCUCUUCUGGUUUAAAACAUUUUUCACCAUAGAAAUCAACUACGGCAAUAACUGUGAAGUUGAUUUUUCGAGUUUUGGGACGUCUUUAUGUUCGUGUCGCCUGGUUUGUUUUGAGUAUUCUCACACCGUGGGAAUUAUGGACCUGCUACAGUCUUGAUCCACUUAUAUUUUAUUUAGCAUUUUCUGUAUCAAUCCCCGAGAUGGUCUUACGUGGUUUUAGGUGCUAAAAAGUCGAGUUUGGAUGAGCAGUGAAGCUCGGGACAGUGCCGGACACACCGAGCCGCUGCUGGCCGCCCCAGGAGCUCCGUGUGCGGGAUAGAGGAGCCGUGUUUCCGCCGCUGAGUAGGAGGAGCAGCAUGCCGAGGAGAAAGCAGCAGGAGCCGCGGAGAGCUGCAGCCUAUGCGCCAAAGGUUGACAUCAAGGGAGCCGCUUCUGACGAAGAGACUCUUCAAGAUGAUGGACUCUCGCUGGACAGCCAAGAGGCAGAGUAUGUGUGUAAUGAGGAGGAGGAGGAAGAGGAAGAGGACAGCGUAAAAGACCCUUUUUCCCCUCGGGACUCCCCCCUCAGCAAUGGCACUAACCCAGAUGCUGGCUAUGCUUCCCCACUCAGUGAUGCUAGCGAUCGAAUUGCUGAUUAUAGGAGCACCUCUUCCAAAGAAGAAAAGGAAGAGCUGCCCAGCUGCAAGGGCAAUGGGGACGCCCUGAAGGACAGCUUGGCACAGAUGAAAGCUGUCUAUGCAAACCUGAUUUCUGAUGCCUCCUGGUCCAGAUUUGCCAUGGAUAUCAUUAAAACAAAGCCAGCGUCCUCCAGCAGUGCCACAAGCCACACAGCCAGCACUACACCUACCAACGCAACUGACAUCGCUGACAACAGCAACCAUAGUCGAAAGAGCUCUGUUGCCAACAGCCUUAAUGGAACGGCAGGCAGCUCCACCACCCCAGUCAGCAGUUGUGUCACUAACAACAACAACAAUAAUAACAGCAGCAACAGCAGUGCCAGUAAUGGUGGCAGUAUAUCUUAUGAUUGGCAUCAGGCCGCUUUAGCCAAAACCCUCCAACAAACCCCUUAUCACUUACUGCCAGAACCCAGUCUGUUCAGCACAGUCCAGCUCUACAGGCAAAACAACAAACUGUAUGGCUCGGUUUUUACUGGCGCAAGUAAGUUCAGAUGCAAAGACUGCAGUGCCGCCUACGACACACUAGUUGGACUUACCGUGCACAUGAAUGAGACAGGACAUUACCGUGAUGACAACAAGGACAAGGAGGAGGAUGGAAGAAAGCGCUGGUCCAAGCCUCGCAAACGCUCCUUGAUGGAAAUGGAAAGCAAAGAGGAUGCCCAGAAAGUGCUAAAGUGCAUGUACUGCGGACACUCCUUUGAGUCUUUACAGGACUUGAGCGUCCACAUGAUCAAGACUAAGCAUUACCAGAAAGUGCCUCUCAAAGAGCCAGUGCCAGCCCUGGCCACCAAGCUGGUGCCAUCAGCCAAAAAACGAUCCCUUCAAGACCCUCUGAUUUCUCCAUGCUCCCCGGAGUCAUUCACAGGUUCCAGUGGAGCUGUGUCUGAAGUUGGGAAAGAGGGGAAGGGAAUGGCAAAUCCUUACGUCACCCCCAACAAUCGCUACGGAUAUCAGAAUGGAGCCAGUUACACAUGGCAAUUUGAGGCACGCAAGUCUCAGAUUCUUAAGUGCAUGGAGUGUGGCAGCUCUCACGAUACUCUACAGCAGUUGACCGCCCACAUGAUGGUCACUGGCCACUUUCUUAAGGUCACAAACACUGCAUCCAAGAAGGGCAAGCAGCUUGCGUUUGAUCCGGUGUUAGAAGAGAAGGUCCAGUCAAUUCCAUUGCUGCCCACAACGACCAGGCUGCCUGUUCCCAGUCUUAAGUCUCAGUCAGUAUCUCCUGCACUGUCUGCUGACUCUGAUAGUAAGAAGGAGACUGAGGAGACAAAGAUGGAGGUUGGUGAACUUUUGGGGAAAAAUAUCAAGGAGGAGGAAGAGACCAAUGAGAAGGCAGACAUGGACUCUGUAUCAAACAGGUACCUUCGAGAAGAAGACCUUGAGGAGAGUCCCAAAGGCGGCAUGGACAUCCUCAAGUCUUUGGAGAACACAGUCUCAAGUGCCAUCAGCAAGGCGCAAACAGGUGCACCCACCUGGGGAGGGUACCCCAGCAUCCAUGCAGCUUAUCAACUCCAAGGAUCCAUGAAAUCCUGCUUACUUCCGCCAACAGUUCAAAGUGUUCCUGUCCAGCCAGCCUUCAACAGUAGCCUCCGAACCCUAGUUGCUGACUCUGCAGCAGAAAUAAACCAUCCACACAGUCCCUUAUCACCCUCUACUAAUAGGAACAAUGUAUCGGCAAUGAAGGAUCUGGUGGAGAAGAUGACGGGAAAGGUCUCAGUAAAGAAAGAGAGGGAGGAAUGGAUGGUGAGUGCUGAGCGGCCAAGGUCUGCAUAUGUACCGAAUUCACCAUCUGCAAAACUCCAGAAGGAGAGAGAUGCUGUGAAAGCUGGAGAAACAGUACAGACCAAUGGCAUAAGUAAGAUGGAUCGAGAUAUUGUGUUCAAAGUUGAGCCUAAAGAGUCUUCAGUAGAGAAUCAAAAUAAUACAAAAAAUGGUGUAGAGUCAUGCAGGUCGCUCCUUACUAAUGGCAAUGGUCUAGAGAUCAUUACUGAUCAUUCACCUGAGAGGCCUUUUCUCAGUCCUCUUAGUGCACUGCAGUCCGUCAUGAAUACCCAUUUGAGCAAAGCCUCAAAACCAGUAAACUCUUCCCCUAAUCCCCUGUCAGUGUCAUACAAGAUCAGCAGUAGUGUAAUGGACAAGCCUGCAUUACAUUCCUCUUCCGCUAAGCCCAGUGAACCUAUCAAGACUUACUUCUAUGAGGACAGUGACCAACCCAUAGAUUUAAGGAAAUCCAAAGCAAGCAAGAGCAAUGUUGGCACCUACAGCAAUACAAGCAGCCCCCCAGUAGUGACCCAAAACAACAAUGAAUCAGGGCCGGUUCAUCCAGGUGCACCGUUCUUAAACCCUGCAUCUUCAGUGAGAGAGAAUGCACUGAUGGACAUCUCUGAUAUGGUAAAAAGCCUCACUGACCACCUCGCUCCCAAAUCCUCAACUCCCUCUUCCAUCUCUGAGAAAUCGGACGCAGACGGCAGCAUGUUUGAGGAUCUUCUGGAAGACCUGUCGUCUUUGCAAAAGCGCAAAGGCCGUCAGUCCAACUGGAACCCUCGGCACCUGCUGAUCCUCCAGGCCCAGUUUGUCUCAAGCUUAAGGGAGACUCCAGAGGGACGCUAUGCCAUGACAGACCUGGAUCCUCAGGAGCGGGUGCACAUAUGCAAGUUCACCGGCCUCUCAAUGACUACCAUCUCCCACUGGCUGGCCAAUGUGAAGUACCAACUGAGAAGAACCGGUGGGACCAAGUUCCUGAAGAACAUGGACUCCAGCCAGCCUGUGUUUCUAUGUGGGGACUGUGCCUCCCAGUUCAGAAGUCCUUCAUCUUACAUUAGCCAUCUGGAGUCCCACCUGGGCUUCAGCCUCAAGGACCUGUCCAAACUGUCGGUGCACCACCUUCUGGAGCAGCAGGCUGUCUCCAAGGUGAUAAUGGACAAAGUGGCAUAUGGCAGCCCCCUGCUGAAUUUGACAUCACUCGAUGAAGACCUUAGCCCUGGCUCAAUCUACCAGUGCAGACUUUGCAGUCGGACGUUUGUCAGCAAGCAUGCAAUCAAGCUCCAUUUGAGCAAGACUCAUGGGAAGUCACCAGAGGACCACCUGGUGUUUGUCACGCCAUUGGAGAAAAUGGGUAAAGAGGAACCCUGAGGACACUGAGGGAUUUAAGGACAGCUGUCUAAAUCGCUGACCGGUCUCAUUGCACUAAUCUAGUUUCUGCACUGGGCCUGAACUGAGCCAACGAUAAUCAGUCUUAAACUUUUUCUGUUAUAAAACUGCCUGACUGGACCAUGUUUCUUUGGUUUGUUUACAUUUGUUUUUGCCAAACUUUUCCAAUCCUUUGAAAUGUAUUUAUAUUCUAUUUGUGCAUGUACCUUAGUGAUGGUUUUUAUUCUUAAAUGUUCUUUAAAUGACUACUGUUUUUAUGAUGAUAGUUUUGGCUGCAAAAUUUGGACUAAAGAAAUGUGCAAGAGCCUUUUGUUAAGGGAGGGUUUUGGGACUGUAAACUUUCUUUAAGAUAAACUCCAGCGCGCAGUUUAAUCCAUUAGGUCAGAGUUAUUUAGUCCUGGUAAUUGAGUCCCUCUGCCUUGCACAUAUAUGGCUUUCCCUUCUUCCAACACACCUGGUUCAACCAGUCAGCUCAAAAUAAUUGCUGUCCAUGUCUUAAAAGAACCUUUAUCAUAAAAUAUCUAAUAUUGCCCAAAGAAAGGGCCAGAUAAAUCCAUAAAAACAAAAUAUUAUAUACAAAUUAAGACUAAUUGCGUGUCUUUUCUGUCCCAAAAUCUUGUACUUCAGCCACACUGAGUCACCAUGUAGGCUAAGCUAGUCACUGUUACAUUAACAUGGUCAAAUGUACAAGUAUGUAGCCUACCAUUAGUUUGAACCAUAAUAGCUCUCUUAUUAUUCAUAUCCUCCUUAUUCUGUAUCGCUCUGAAUCAAUUACAGAUAUGAACGUGUCAUCUAAGAGCAAAAUGCUCAUAUAAAUAGCAUUAUAUCAUGCUAUAACUAUUGCGCUCUGGAGUGCAUUGUUAAGUGCAGUCUUACUUUGGGAUAAAAGUAACAGUUCUAAAUAUUUUUGUUCCCAUUUUCCUGAAUUGUCUUAAAUUAUAUCCAGGAAGCAUUAUUUAAGGAUCUCAGUGUGAAAUCACUUUGUUUUCCUCAAAUUAUUAAAUUUGAUAGGCUUGCUCCUGUCGGAUUGACGCUGGA